AUGAUCGAGCGUGGCCAGCACGAGGAGGCCAAAACCAAGCUCAGACGGAUCCGUGGCGUCAAUGACGUCAGCCAAGAGUUUGACUAUUUAGUCGCAGCUAGUAAAGAGUCUCUGUCGAUAGAGCACCCGUGGACAAACCUACUCCGCUGGCCACAUCUCACCAUGGCCAUUAUGAUACUUUUCUUUCAGCAGCUCACUGGAAUCAAUGUGAUUAUGUUUUACGCUCCCGUUUUGUUCAACACCAUUGGUUUCACGACCGAUGCUUCUCUCAUGUCCGCCGUGGUCACUGGCUCGGUUAAAUUCGCCGCCACGCUUGUGUCUAUCUAUGGACAAGUGGGGGCGUAG